AAACCACAACUACAGCCUCAUCAACCACAUUUACAACAACGAGUGAUCCAACAACAUCAACAGCUGUAACUUCUGAAUCCACACUCUUACUUCAACAACAAUGCCUACAACUUCAGAGACUACAACAGCAGAAAGCACGACUACAGCCUCAUCAACCACAUCUACAACAACGAGCGAUGCAACAACAUCAACAGCUGUAACUUCUGAAUCCACAAUUCUUACUUCAACAACAAUGCCUACAACUUCAGAGAGUACAACAGCAGAAAGCACGACUACAGCCUCAUCAACCACAUCUACAAUAAUGAGCGAUCCAACAACAUCAACAGCUGUAACUUCUGAAUCCACAACUUUUACUUCAACAACUUUGCCCACGUCUUCAGAAACAACUGCACCUGUAACAACAUCAGCAAUUACAGUAUUGUCAAUUACUGAAAUUCCCACAACCACAGUUGUGGGUACAGAAACCACACCUAUUACUUCAACAACUUUGCCCACGUCUCCAAGCACAACAACAGCCACCAUUCCAAGCUCAACUGCAGCUCAAACAACAACUGCAUUUCAAGUGACAACAGGAGAUCUUUUAAAAACAACUAUAGCUUUUACCAGUACAUCUUCUGCUCCAGCCACACUUGCACUUUCAACCAAAACAACUUCAAGCCCAAACAUGGAUUCAGAAACUACAACUGCAUUAACAACUACCACUGGAAUUAUUACAGGUCUCACUGAUAUAGCAGUAUUUCCAGUAGUUCCAAUAACAUCAGGUGCAAACACAAAUACGUCAACAUCACCAGCAUCUACAAUUCCAGGUCACACAUCCAUAAAAACAACACCAGCUGAAACUCUUACUAGCAAUACUACACCUCUCAACAAUACAACAAAAGCAGAUUCAUUUGUAACACUUCAAAGUACUUCAAGUUUGCAACCAGAAACUUCAAACAUACCCAAAACAUUGCCAACAAAUGUGUCUGGUGCAGCAACAGUCACAACCAAAUUGAUAUUCUCAUCCUUGUCAUCCCUACCCACUGAAAAUUUGGUCCUAGUUGCUAUUCGUACUCUUUUUAAAUCUAGAGAGUCCCAACUCAAUAAAUCACUGAAGAUUGUCAGUUUAACCUAUCAGAAAAUCUCUGAAACUUCCUAUGCUGUAAUCUUUAAUAUUAUUUUGAAUAAUAUCAGCAUGCCUGAGGAUCCUGAGCUAAGAAAUAGCAGUUAUGUGCAAGUGCAAGAUGUCGUCAAUAAUGCGCUGAACACUCUUCUGAAUGAACCUGGCAAGGAAGUUUUUGAACCCAAGUCCUCCAACUUCACAAGAACUUCAAACCAGAUUGAUGGCAGGAUGGAAUACAUCUUCCAGGAUGGAGAUGCCAUACAACCAGUCAGCUUCCUAAAUCAGCAACGUCUGCCAACUACUACAACAGUGUUUCCAGAAACAACAAACGGUGUCUCUGUGACUCCCUCAACCCUCAUAUCUGCUUCAGCAGUCGUCAUAAGCAAGCUGGUGUUCAACUCCUCAUCUCCAGUCCCCAGUGAAGAUCGGGUCCUCAGCGCUAUCAAAACUCUCCGUAAUUCCAGAGAGUCACAGCUGAAUGAAUCAGUGAAGGUGGUGAAUGUCACCUAUGAGAAAAUCUCAGAAACCUCCUACGCUGUGGUCUUUACAUUUACCCUGGUUAACAUUAGCGUGCCAGAGGACCCUGAACUCAGAGACAAGACCUACCCGCAAUUGCAGGAUACCAGCAAUAAUGCGCUGAACACUCUUCUGAAUGAACCUGGCAAGCAAGUUUUCAAAUCCAAGCCCUCCAACUUCACGAGCACUUCAAACCAGAUUGAUGGCAGGAUGGACUACACCUUCCAGGAUGGAGAUGCCAUACAACCAGUCAGCUUCCUAAAUGAACUACGCCUGCCAACCACUACAACAGUGUUUCCAGAAACAACAACCGGUGUCUCUGUGACUCCUCAAACCUCAUGUAAAUCUGCUUCAGCAGUCGUCAUAAGCAAGCUGGUGUUCAACUCCUCAUCUCCAGUCCCCAGUGAAGAUCUGGUCCUCAGCGCUAUCAACACUCUCCGUAAUUCCAGAGAGUCACAGCUGAAUGAAUCAGUGAAGGUGGUGAAUGUCAUCUAUCAGAAAAUCUCAGAAACCUCCUAUGCUGUGAUCUUUACAUUUACCCUGGUUAACAUUAGCGUGCCAGAGGACCCUGAACUCAGAGACAAGACCUACCCGCAAUUGCAGGAUACCAGCAAUAAUGCGCUGAACACUCUUCUGAAUGAACCUGGCAAGCAAGUUUUCAAAUCCAAGCCCUCCAACUUCACGAGCACUUCAAACCAGAUUGAUUGCAGGAUGGACUACACCUUCCAGGAUGGAGAAGCCAUACAACCAGUCAGCUUCCUAAAUGAGCUACGCCUGCCAACCACUACAACAGUGUUUCCAGAAACAACAACCGGUGUCUCUGUGACUCCCUCAAACCUCAUAUCUGCUUCAGCAGUCGUCAUAAGCAAGCUGGUGUUCAACUCCUCAUCUCCAGUCCCCAGUGAAGCUCUGGUCCUCAGCGCUAUCAAAACUCUCCGUAAUUCCAGAGAGUCACAGCUGAAUGAAUCAGUGAAGGUGGUGAAUGUCACCUAUGAGAAAAUCUCAGAAACCUCCUACGCUGUGGUCUUUACAUUUACCCUGGUUAACAUUAGCGUGCCAGAGGACCCUGAACUCAGAGACAAGACCUACCCGCAAUUGCAGGAUACCAGCAAUAAUGCGCUGAACACUCUUCUGAAUGAACCUGGCAAGCAAGUUUUCAAAUCCAAGUCCUCCAACUUCACGAGCACUUCAAACCAGAUUGAUGGCAGGAUGGACUACACCUUCCAGGAUGGAGAAGCCAUACAACCAGUCAGCUUCCUAAAUGAGCUACGCCUGCCAACCACUACAACAGUGCUACCAGAAAUAACAAUCAGUUUUUCCAUGACUCCUUCAAACCUCAUAUCUGGUUCAGCAGUCGUCAUAAGCAAGCUGGUAUUCAGCUCCUCAUCUCCAGUCCCCAGUGAAGAUCUGGUCCUCAGCACUAUCAACACUCUCCGCAAUUCCAGAGAGUCACAGCUGAAUGCAUCAGUGAAGGUGGUGAAUGUCACCUAUGAGAAGAUCACGACAACCUCCUAUGCUGUCAUUUUUAAAUUUAAUAUGAGUAAUAUCAGCAUGUCAAAAGAUCCUGAGCUAAGAAACGGCACAUAUCUACAAGCUCAGGGUGUCGUCAAUAAUGCGCUGAACACUCUUCUGAAUGAACCUGGAACAACAACUCUUAAUCCCAAAUCGACCAACUUCAUAAGCACAUCAAACCUAAUUGAUGGCAGGAUGGAAUACACUUUCCAGGAUGGAGAUGCCAUACAACCAGUCAGCUUCCUAAAUGAGCUUCGUUCACCAACAGUCUUAACAACAACCAGUACUCUGAUAACUACUCCACCGAUAGUGCGUGGCAGAGCACUUAUAUCCAUUCGCCUCGUGUUCGUCACACUGGGCCCCCUGCCAAAUCCAGAUAAGGUUCUUGAGGUGGUCAACAAUAUGCUGAAAACACGUCUCACAACUAAACAAGACACCACAACACAAGACCUGAGUGAUUCUGUGAACUUUGCCAAUGUCACAUAUACGAAAAUAAAUGAGACAGCCUAUGCUCUCAACUUUGGAUUUGAAAUCAGCAAUAUAACCAUGUCUGGGAAACUUGAACUCAGGAAUGGCACCCACCUGGUAAUACAAGACUCUAUAAACUCAUUGCUGGGCAAGAUCCUCCUCAGUAACUCCUCAGCUCCUCUCAUUAAGUUCCAAGCAGCUGAUUUCACGGGUAAUUCCACUGUGAUUCAGGCCAACGUAGAGUAUGUUUUCUCACCAAGUGACAUCACGCAACCGAGCAUCUUUGUUCAGCAACUUCUCCAACUUGCCGAAGCGAGCAGUCUGACAACAACCUCACCACCGAUCUUGACUAGGAGGGCAAUUAUUAAGAUUCGUCUCGAGUUUAUCACACUGGGCCCAAGACCAAGUGAGAAGAGUGUUCUAGACGUGGUUAAAUCUAUGCUGGCUUCAAAUCUCACAACUAAACAAACCGUCAGAACAGUAAGCGUGAGUGACCCUGUGACCGUGGAUAAUGUCAUUUAUUUGGGAAUUAAUGACACAGCCUACGCACUCAUCUUUACAUUUGAAAUCAACAAAGUAUCACUGACAGAAUUGAAAAGGAAUGAAACCUAUCAAGUAAUCCAAAAGAAGAUAAAUGACUUGGUGAUCAAGAUCCUAAAAGACCCCUCAGUUAAUCUGCUCAUUCCUGCCGAAUUCAAGGAUGAUCUCACCGUGAUCGAGGCCAAUGUUAUGUUUGUUUUCUCGCAACAUGACAGCAACUCGGCUGCUGGUUACUUGGUCAGUACCCUUUUCAAGGUUUUUACCACACCAGUUCCAACCACCAUGAACACUACAAUCUCAAACAACGGUACAAACGUAGCAUGGAUUGUGGCUAUCAUUGUCCCCUGCGCUAUUGUCAUUGGGCUCGUACCUUGCUGGAUUCUCCUUUGCUGUUUGUUGUGUGGUUGCUGUGCAGCAAUCAGGAGACGUUGGCACAGAAGACGGUCGUACAAUGUACAGUACACAACUCGAAACAGCCUCUUCUAGAGAGUUCAGAGAUAUUUGACAAACACAGGACUGAACACCAAUGAAAACAUAAAAACCAUGGAUUUUGCAUAUUCAGUAUGCAAUUCAAUACUGCCUCUUUUGUAGUAAUGAAAAUACUAUGUUAAUGCUUCUUUUAUAAAUUAUUUAUUUUAUUAUGCCUGUAUUGCUAGACAAACAGGCUCUCUAUAAAUUGUUCCUAAAUGUGAUAUUUUAAUUCUUCCAUAGUGUACAAUGAAAUUGUAUUGUUGUUAUUUAUUUGUAUUUAUUGUAAUAUUCUGUUUAUGUUUACAAUUAAUAAGCUUUUGCAAAUCAUUGGUCUGCUUGACAUUGCGCAGUUUAAUUUAAAGGGACAAAAGGUAGAAUACUGGAAUUACAACUAUUAUUUAUUCAUACUCCAUGCACUUUAUAAAUGUUAAGCAGGUAAAGGUAAAGCAAUCUCAUGAUGUAAAUGACAUUUAAAGCAAAUUCAUGUAAGUCUUUGGCAUCAACAUGUUAAACUGCAUAAAAUUGUAAUAAAAAUACUAGAUCAAUAAAGAAUACAGAAUAUA